UCCCUCCCUCCAGACUGCGCGCGCGGCUCUCGGAGCAAUCGAACUGUCUCCGGUACUUUGCUGAACGCCCGUACACCUUCAGUCUAAGGGCUGGAGAUAAGGGAAAGUGGAGCAAGAGGCCCAGUUUGGCUCUAAAGAAGAAACGAAUUCUGUUUUCCACGUAUGGCUUUGUUGUAGUAACAACAAUUACCAACAACACACCGAUAUAUUGUUUUGGUGGAUUUGUGGAAGGAAAAGGACACACAUUUUGUUCUGAAAGGUCGGCCGGUUUUUUUUUCAGAAGCUUUGUGGCGUUGAGUGAGAGACCAUGGAGAUGCAAAUAUGGUCCACAAGGUGGAAAACCAAGAGCCGGCUUUUGUACCCCACUCUAACCACCAUCGUCACUCUCACUGUCCUUCUGCAAGUCGUCAAUGUCCAAGCAGCUGACCCAGUGGAUGUUCUCAAGGCUCUGGACUUCCACAGCUCUCCGGAUGGCGUCCGUAAAGUCACGGGCUACUGCGCUCACCGGAGAGGAUCUAAACCUGACAUAGCCUUCCGUGUGGGGAAGCAGGCCCAGAUCAGCGCUCCCAGCAAGCAACUCUUCCCAGGAGGAGUGUUCCCAGAGGACUUCUCAGUGAUGUUCACCAUCAAGCCCAAGGCAGGGAGCCAGUCCUUCUUGCUGUCUGUGUAUAACGAGCAGGGGGUCCAGCAGCUGGGUGUGGAGGUGGGACGCUCCCCUGUCUUCCUGUAUGAAGACCAACAUGGGAAACCUUCCCCAGAGGAUUACCCACUGUUCAGAUCCAUCAACCUCGCUGAUGGCAAAUGGCAUCGCGUGGCCAUCAGUGUGGAGAAGAAGAGUGUGACCAUCAUUGUGGAUUGUAAGAAGAAGCUGAGCAGGCCACUGAAGAGGAGCGACGGGUCGGCCAUCAACACUGACGGCAUCGUUGUCUUUGGAACCAGGAUCCUGGAUGAAGAAGUUUUUGAGGGUGACAUCCAGCAGCUGCUGAUUGUGGCCGACCCGCGGGCAGCGUACGACUACUGUGAACACUACAGCCCCGACUGUGAAACGCCUCACCAGGAGCAGCCACAGGCACAGGAACCAGAGGAUGAGUACAAUUCGUACGACCUAGACUACAGUGAGGUCUAUGACUACAGUGAAGGAGAAGAAGCCACUGAAACUGUCCCAACCGAAGGAGCCAAACCUGCACCUGAGGCUGUGGACGUAGCUCCACCCGCUGAGAAUCCUACAGACUCAACCGUUCCAAUCCUGAACUACGACGAGGAAAUAGUCGACGAUUACGUCACCGGCGUGGAGCAGGUCGACGCCGACCCUACGGCUGCAGCAGAAAUCGGCUCUGAUACCAAAGGUCCCGACCCCGGCGCAGAAUCGUACGAUUUUAAGGAGUACGAUAUGAAGGAAUACGGUGAUAUUAAAGAGAUUGAUACGAAACAGACGUAUGAGUACGGUGACUAUGGCGACUACGGCACCGGCGACACCAAACCUACCUCCUUCCCAGCCUACGAGGAUGAGUUUGGGCCGGGCGUACCUGCUGAGACCGACACAGAUAGUAGUAUUGGAGGAGGUAGAUAUGGCGGAGAGAAAGGAGAGAAGGGAGAACCCGCCAUCAUUGAACCCGGGAUGCUGAUUGAAGGACCCCAAGGAGGCCCCGGCCAAGCUGGCUUGCCCGGCGCCCCAGGCUCCCAGGGUGCCCCUGGCCCACAUGGAGACCACGGUGACAGGGGUCCUCCAGGGCGUGCUGGUCUUCCUGGUUCAGACGGAGUUCCUGGUCCUCCAGGUACCCUUCUAAUGCUGCCAUUCCGUGCUGGUGGAGAUGCACAUAAGGGACCAGUGGUCUCAGCUCAGGAGGCCCAAGCCCAGGCCAUCCUGUCCCAAGCCAGGCUCUCCAUGAGGGGUCCUCCUGGGCCAAUGGGAAUGUCAGGAAGAUCUGGGCCUUUGGGUGGACCUGGACCUAAUGGACUGAAGGGAGACGGAGGAGACAACGGUCCUCAGGGUCCCAGAGGUCUUCAGGGUCCAACUGGCUCACCUGGAAAAGCAGGAAAGAGGGGUCGUAACGGAGCUGACGGUGCCAGGGGUAUGCCAGGAGAGUCGGGCGGCAAGGGGGACCGAGGUUUCGACGGGCUCCCAGGUCUCCCGGGAGAGAAGGGACACAGGGGUGAGCUGGGGUCCACCGGCUCUCCAGGUGCUCCAGGAGAGGAUGGCCAGAGAGGCGAGGACGGUGAGAUCGGACAGAGGGGUCUGGCUGGAGAGAGUGGUCCUAGAGGGUUGCUUGGUCCUAGAGGAUCCCCUGGGACUGGUGGACAGCGUGGUCUUGCUGGGCUGGACGGCCAAGCUGGUCCCAAAGGAAACCAGGGCAUACAAGGAGAGUCAGGGCCUGCCGGUCAACAGGGCAUCCCUGGACCACAAGGUCUUGUUGGUCCUCAAGGUCCAAUCGGACCGCCUGGUGAAAAGGGACCAUCAGGUCGUCAGGGAUUGGCAGGUCUUGGUGGUGCCGAUGGUCCUCCCGGUCACCCAGGGAAGGAGGGUCCUCCAGGACUUAAAGGAGGCGUCGGUCACCCUGGUCCUCAGGGUUCUAUUGGCUACCCUGGCUCACGAGGUGUCAAGGGUGCCGAGGGUGUCAGAGGUCUGAAAGGUGGUGGCGGAGAAAAGGGAGAGGACGGUUUUCCAGGUUUCAAGGGUGACAUGGGCAUCAAGGGAGACAAGGGAGAGCUCGGUGUCCUAGGAGCCAGAGGUGAAGACGGACCUGAGGGACCCAAAGGUCGAUCCGGCCCCAACGGAGAGGCAGGUCCCAUCGGGUCGGCUGGAGAGAAGGGUAAACUUGGUGUCCCCGGGUUACCCGGCUACCCAGGAAGACAAGGACCUAAGGGCUCCAGUGGCUUCCCUGGGUUCCCAGGCUCCAACGGAGAGAAAGGAGGAAGGGGUAUCGCUGGUAAAUCCGGACCCAGGGGACAACGUGGCCCAACGGGUCCCCGUGGUGGAAGAGGUGCCAGGGGACCAACUGGAAAGCCAGGUGCUAAGGGAACAUCAGGUAAUGACGGGCCUCCAGGUGGACCAGGAGAGAGAGGACCCCAAGGACCCCAGGGGCCAGCUGGCUUCCCAGGACCUAAGGGCCCUAACGGGCCCCCUGGUAAAGACGGACUGCCUGGUCACCCUGGACAGAGAGGAGAGACAGGUUUCCAGGGAAAGACUGGCCCACCUGGGCCUGGAGGUGUUGUAGGACCUCAGGGACCAACGGGAGAGACCGGCGGCAUCGGAGAGAGAGGACACCCUGGUUCCCCUGGACCCCCCGGAGAGCAAGGUUUACCUGGAUCUGCUGGGAAAGAAGGAGGAAAGGGUGACCCAGGUCCUAUGGGAACGUCUGGAAAGGUUGGCCCAGCCGGGCUCAGGGGCUUCCCAGGGCAGAGAGGUCUUCCCGGUGCUAACGGUCCAGCUGGUUUGAAGGGAGGCGAAGGACCACAGGGUGCCCAAGGCCCCAUCGGUUCUCCAGGAGAGAGAGGUGCUGCCGGUCCCGGAGGUGCCAUCGGUCUUUCAGGACGCUCCGGACCUCAGGGAGGUCCUGGACCAGCCGGAGAGAAGGGAGGCCCUGGAGAGAAAGGCCCCAUGGGACCAGCUGGUCGUGACGGUAUCCAAGGUCCUGUUGGUCUUCCUGGCCCUGCAGGCCCCCAAGGCCCCCCUGGAGAGGAUGGAGACAAGGGAGAGGUUGGUGAGCCUGGCCAGAAAGGAAGCAAAGCAGACAAGGGAGAACAGGGUCCUCCUGGGCCAUCUGGUCUUCAAGGUGUCAUCGGAGCUCCUGGUCCUGCCGGUACUGAUGGUGAGUCAGGACCCAGGGGUCAGCAGGGUAUGUUUGGCCAGAAGGGAGACGAAGGAUCCAGAGGAUUCCCUGGGCUACCUGGGCCCAUCGGACUGCAGGGGCUGCCUGGUACAUCAGGAGAGAAGGGAGAGAACGGGGACGUCGGCCCGAUGGGUCCACCUGGUCCUCCAGGUCCCAGAGGUCCCCAGGGUUCUAGUGGAGCUGACGGUGCCCAAGGCCCUCCUGGUGGAGUGGGUUCUAUGGGAGGUAAUGGAGAAAAGGGAGAGAGCGGUGAAGCCGGCAACCCGGGACCAUCUGGAGAGCCCGGUGGUGGAGGCCCCAGAGGAGAGACAGGGGAGAAGGGAGAGUCAGGACCACCUGGAGCUGCCGGACCUGCAGGGGCCCGUGGACCUGGAGGAGACGACGGCCCCAAAGGCAACCCCGGACCCGUUGGCUUCCCUGGAGACCCUGGUCCCCCUGGAGAGCCUGGAGUUGGUGGAUUGGAUGGCUUGGCUGGAGACAAGGGAGAUGACGGAGACGGUGGUCAGCCAGGUCCAUCUGGUCCUUCUGGAGAAGCUGGACCUCCAGGACCACCUGGCAAGAGGGGACCCAUUGGACCAGCCGGUACUGAGGGAAGACAAGGAGAGAAGGGUUCUAAGGGUGAGGCUGGAGCCGAGGGGCCUGAUGGUAAAACUGGACCUGUUGGACCCCAGGGGCCCUCUGGGAAGCCUGGGCCUGACGGCCUGCGUGGAAUCCCCGGCCCUGUCGGUGAACAAGGACUUCCAGGUGCUUCUGGAAUGGACGGACCUCCUGGACCGAUGGGUCCCCCUGGUCUCGCUGGCUUGAAAGGAACUCCAGGUGGUAAGGGAGAAAAGGGUCACCCCGGUCUGAUUGGUCUGAUUGGACCACCUGGUGAGUUUGGAGAGAAGGGAGACAGAGGCCUGCCUGGACCCCAGGGAACUGGUGGAGGCAAGGGAGAUACUGGUGUUGGAGGUUCUGCUGGUCCUCUUGGUCCUCCUGGUCCUCCUGGAAUUCCUGGACCUGUAGGCUCUAAGGGGUCCAAGGGAUCAUCAGGUGGAUCUGGCCAGAAAGGAGACACUGGUGUGAUCGGACCACCUGGAGCUCCUGGUCCUCCUGGUGACAUCAUCCAGCCGCUGCCCAUCCAGCAGGCGAGCAGGAAGAACAGACGGCAGGCGGAGGACGACUCUGUGCAGGGCGACGAGGCGGGAGGCAUGGCGGACUACGGCAUGGAGGCCACAGCGGACAUGGAGGACGUGUUCGGGUCCCUGAAUAACUUGAAGCAGGACAUCGAGAGGAUGAAGUUCCCCAUGGGAACACAGGACAACCCUGCCAGGACCUGUAACGACCUGCACCUCAGCCAGCCUGACUUCCCUGACGGUGAAUACUGGAUCGAUCCUAACCAGGGCUGUACCGGAGACUCCUUCAAGGUCUACUGUAACUUCACCGCUGGAGGAGAGACCUGUAUCUACCCCGACAAGAAGUCCGCUGGCGUCAGAAUCUCGAACUGGCCCAAGGAGGCUCCAGGAUCAUGGUUCAGUGAAUUCAAACGUGGAAAAAUAUUGAACUAUGUGGACAUGGAUGAGAACACCAUCCAGACAGUCCAGAUGACCUUCCUGAAGCUGCUCAGCUCAACGGCCCGUCAGAAUUUCACCUACAUCUGCCACCAGUCUGUAGCCUGGUACGAUGCCAAGGCAGACGGCUACGACAAGGCUCUACGCUUCCUGGGUUACAACGACGAGGAGAUGUCCUACGAUAAUAACCCCUUCAUCAAGGCACUUUCAGAUGGAUGCUCACUGAAGUCGGGAUACUCCAAGACGGUGAUGGAGAUCAACACUCCUCGCAUUGACCAGGUGCCCGUCAUCGACGUCAUGUUCAAUGACUUUGGUGAACCCAGCCAGCGGUUCGGUUUCGAGGUGGGCCCUGUCUGCUUCAUGGGCUAGGACCUGACCACCACCCCCCCCGAUCCCCGACCCCCGACCCCCGACCAGCUGAAGGACAGGGUUAGAGGGUGUUCUGUUCCAUGCAUGCCUUGUACUGCCGACUGAAUACCUGACAUCAAUCACUCACCCUCCCUAUACUCCACUCGACCUGGCCUCAGGCUCUAAACCAAACCUGUGUUUUAUAUCCUUGAUAAGGUGAUCAGACCACCAGUUUCAGACCAGCAGCACGCUGCCCCCGCCCCCACUCGAGAACAGCGUGCCGCCCUCCUCUGCCCUGUCGUAGAAGCAUUGUCCCAGGGGAAUACUUCUCGCCCUUGUAGGGCCAAUCACAUAGUGACUUUACCUUGUAACAGGAGGGACAUGAGGAAUAAAGGACGUUUGAUGCCGUUGACGGACAGUGGUGCACUUUCAGCAAACAGAGGGAGGAUCCACUCACCCCAACGCCCCCCUUUCCUCUCCUCGUCUUUCCCACUUCUCGUCCCUUAUACCCCAUGACCUUAUCUAGAGAGACGUUCCACUCACCCCAACGCCCCCUUUCCUCUCCUCGUCUUUCCCACUUCUCGUCCCUUAUACCCCAUGACCUUAUCUAGAGAGACGUUCCACUCACCUGCCAAGCCCCCUUCCUCCCUCCUCCCCCAGCCCAGCCUCCCUGUCUGGUAGCUCCAGUCCCCUCCUCCCUUCCCCAGCCUCCCUGUCUGGUAGCUCCAGUCUCCUCGUCCCUCCCCCAGCCCAGCCUCCCUGUCUGGUAGCUCCAGUCCCUCGUCCCUCCCCCAGCCCAGUCUCCCUGUCUGGUAGCUCCAGUGUCCUCGGCCCUACCCCAGCCCAGUCUCCCUGUCUGGUAGCUCCAGUCUCCUCGUCCCUCCCCCAACCCAGUCUCCCUGUCUGGUAGCUCCAGUCUCCUCGUCCCUCCCCAAGCCCAGUCUCCCUGUCUGGUAGUUACAGUCUCCUCAUCCCUCCCCCAGCCCAGCCUCCCUGUCUGGUAACUCCAGUCUCCUCGUCCCUCCCCCAGCCCAGCCUCCCUGUCUGGUAGCUCCAGUCUCCUCGUCCCUCCCCCAGCCCAGCCUCCCUGUCUGGUAGCUCCAGUCUCCUCGUCCCUCCCUCAGCCCAGCCUCCCUGUCUGGUAGCUCCAGUCUCCGCGUCCCUCCCCAGCCCAGCCUCCCUGUCUGGUACCUCCAGUCUCCGCGUGCCUCCCCAGCCCAGCCUCCCUGUCUGGUACCUCCAGUCUCCGCGUCCCUCCCCCAGCCCAGCCUCCCUGUCUGGUAGCUCCAGUCUCCGCGUCCCUCCCCCAGCCCAGCCUCCCUGUCUGGUAGCUCCAGUGUUGCUCCAGAUACAACCACAGAGGUGCUUUUGUGCGGAACACAGAAAACCAAAGGUGCUACAAAAAAGUGCAUUUUUAUAAACUGUAAUUAUUAUUAUUAUUUUGUACAAUACUGUUCUCUUUCUGAGUCCACUCUUCAAAAAAACCAUGCAUGUGUACCAAGACUCUUCAUAAAAUGUUUUAAUAAUGUUAUAAUAAAUACAUGUUAGUAAUACUAUAUAGAAAAUACAUUUGCAAUAAAUAUAUUUGUUUGUUUUAAAUGUCUGUUGAGAAACAAAUUGGUAAGUAAGUAAGUAGUCCUAUGUUGUCGUUGUUUUUGGAAUACAAUGUUAAUAUCAGCAGUUGAAUACAAAUCUUCUCUAUUUUGUAAUUAUGAAGAAUCUCCUUUUGUAAAUAUUGGCCUUUAUAAAGCACUUAAAGCAUUAUUCUCCCCCUCCAAGACUAUACUCUAAUCUACUCUACAGUGAAGGGUUAUACACAUAAUAGGCCUAUAUAUAUAUAUGGUUUUGUAACCCUUAGUAACCAUAUAUAUAUAUAUAUAUAUAUGGUUACUAAGGGUUACUAAACCAAAUUGAACAACAACAAUCAACUCAAAGUGAGCUCUCUAAACAGGACUUGUUCUUUCCAACUAUUAAAUCUAGUUUUUUUCUUUCUUAUUUGUGCUAAAUCAAGAAGUUGCAAAAUAAAAAUGAGUAAUGUAAAAAUGUCCACAAAGCCAAUAGGUAUUGUCCUCUCAACUAAAGCUUCUUCUGCCAGAUACAUAUGAUCCCACAGAAUGGUAUACCUCAAUCGCUCUACGUACAUCAAGUUGAGAUUCUAUAGGAUGGAUGACAAACCUUGAUGCAUAUACAAUUAAGUUAUAUAUUUAUAGUUAUAUACAAUUAAGUUUACAUAUUUGGGUGAGGAAAAUAAAAAUACCUAUUUGUGUAGGUUCUUCAUGUCCAAUUCCUAACCGUCUGUCAAUGAUGCCAAGUAAAUGAGCUCUUUAUACAGUUCAUCUGUUUUCCUGUAACAGUAAUGAGGUAAUGUUUUCCUGUGCUUUUGAUGGUUGAUUCAUAUUAAAACUGGAUUCUGAACAAUG